UGCCUCGCCACGGUGAUCUCAUCGCCACCACCACCUACAUAAACCCCUCAAACCAAUCUCACCCUGAGACCACGAGUGCGUGCAGGGAGAGCAGCAAUGGCCGGCCGGCAGCAGCAGCAGCCCAGGCUCAGGGUGAUCUUUACGCUCGUCGUCGCGUGCAUCGUCCUCGCGACGACGGCGACGGUGUCCGACGCGAGGCUGCUCAAGCGGAUGGAGAGAGACGGAGACGCGUCGUCGUCGUCGUCGUCGGCCGUGGUGGAGUCGCCGGCGGUCGAUUUGCAGACGAUCGUCGGGAGCACGGAGGGCGACGUCGACGACGGCGCCGGUGCCGUUGGCCUGCGGUGGCUGAAGUCGAUCCGCGUCGACAGGCUCGGCGGGAUCAAGGACUCCGGCCCGAGCCCCGGCGCCGGCCACUAGACGCCGGCGUGCCACUGGUUUUCAGAUUUCGAGAGAUGCAAGCUCUGAUUUUUUUUUUCUCUCUGGUGUUCUGUAGUACAGUAUUUCAUUUGUUCUUUCAUGGUAAGUUUUCCAUAACACAAAAGCAGUAGUUAAGUUGCAUCUGUGCUUGGAUCAAGUAGUAUACUCAGACAGUGUCACAGUGAUGAUGAUGUAAUGAUGACAGCAAUCUGUAAGGAUUUUUGUACACAGGGCUACUCCCUCCAUCC